AUGCCACCUCCAGGCGGAGGUAAGAGGAAGCGAGGGGAUCGGACAUACUCCGACGAUCAGCAAUAUUCCCGUGCCUCGCCGCAUCGACCCGGAAAUCUGAGCCUCGCCCAACAAGGCCAGUUUCCAUCACCAGGCAAUGACCGUGAUUACCCCCAGCUACGCGGUAGAGGUGGAAGACGGUCCAGCAGAGGAGGCCGAGGUGGUAACAUCGUGUCCAGCCCUGUCAGCAGUCCUGGCGAGACCGGUCCUUCAUCUGUGAAGACACCUGCCAAUCUUGAGCAGAGCAAUACGAACGAGAUCAUGGCAGCAAAUCAGACACCAGCGUCCUCGACUCCCAUCUUCACGAAUCCUCCUCCGGAUCUGCAGCCAUACAACUACACGUACAUUACCAGCGAGGCCUGUGACUCAUGGCAGACUGGAGCGAUGGAAGAGGUCUUACGCCAAAGUCAAGAUGGAGAGAACGAGGAGGACGGAAGUAGAUUAACAACAAUAAUGCAGGAGCUGGUACAAUCUGUCAUAUUUGGGAGGCUUAGUCCGUCUGAUGCCGCAGAACUGGUCAAGCAAAUCCUCGAACGCGAGGUUUCCGACGGUCAACCUCACUCAACGCCCACACCUACAGUCUCGCAGGCUGCCCUCCUAGACUCCAUAUCGAUCACCUUUGAGAGCAAUCCCGCUAUUCCCGUCGACCGCCUCUCUGCGUUUAUCUUCGCAACAGGUAUAUCUCACGAACUUCUGCGCCUUGAACUUGAUGCACCUUUGCUCGAAAAGCUAGAUUUGAUCCGAAACACAUUCAAUCGUAUGGGCAUCAGGAAACAGACAAAUUUGUUGUAUCGACAAGCCAAUUUCAAUUUGAUGCGAGAAGAAUCCGAAGGCUUUGCAAAGUUGAUAACCGAAUUAUUCACGACUAGCGGUAACGAACUUCCAACCGGAGAAGUGAUCGAAGACACGGUCGAGAAGGUCAAGGCUAUGAUUGGCGCCUUUGAUCUGGACGUCGGCCGAAGUCUAGAUGUUGUUCUCGAUGUUUUUGGUGCCGUCCUUGUGAAGCAAUGUCGAUUCUUCGUCAAAUUUCUCCGUGCCAGUCCCUGGUGGCCACGAGCGUCAGGCCUGGCAAGAAAGAACUCCGCCCUGACCGGGCUGCCGUUAUGGGCUCUCCCAAAUUCUCCCGAUUGGCAAAGUACGGAGGAGCAGAAACUGUUCGUCGCAACGGAGACCAAGAUCCGGGACGAAGCAUUUUGGCCUCAAGCUCGGGAACAGGGUCUGCAAGCCUUCUACUAUCUUGGACGAUCGCAGAUCUCUCCAGAGCAGAUUGAUCGAGUGUCUUCCUCCGGAGACGAAAUGCUCGUACAGUGGGUGCGAGAGACGGGGACUUUACCUCCUCCAGGAAAUCGUGACGCGGCACAGCUAUUGGGCUUCAAACUACGAUUCUAUUCCUCAUCCCCGGCACGAGACGAGACAGACGUAUUGCCAGACAACCUCAUUUACCUUUCUGCGCUACUGAUCAAGAUCGGCUUCAUCUCCUUGAAGGAUCUCUAUCCGCAUAUCUGGAGGACGGACGAGGCGAUGGAGGAAUUGAAGCACCAAAAGAUAAAGGAGAAGGCAGAGAGAGAUCGAGCUGGCCGGCCUGGUGCAGGAGCAAAGAAUGCUCUCUUAAUGGCUGGAGCACUGGCUGACGAUACAUUACCGAUUCCGCCUCGUUUGAAAGAGUCGACGACUCGUGCCAGUACUCCUUCCAAAGAACCAGAAGCUGAGAAGCCUCCAGCGAAGGACUCGACUGAACCAUCCGACCAGAAAGUCCUCUUGUUGAAAAGCCUCCUGUCAAUCGGCGCACUCCCGGAAGCACUCUUCAUCCUGGGCCGAUUCCCUUGGCUGGUAGACCUAUUUCCCGAUCUUCCGGAAUAUCUUCACCGGAUCCUUCAUCAUUGUCUGAGCAAGGUAUACGGCGAGGUGCAGCCGCUACAGGACCGUCCAAGCCUUCGCGACCAGAAGCCGAGUUAUGAAACCGAUAUUCCUGGUCUUCAAAAAGGGCAGGUCAAAGUAGUUGACUCCCCGGAAAGAAGAGUCCUUCGAUGGCCGAUGCUUGAUAAGAAUGAUAGUUCUGACGGCACAGACUAUCGGUUUUAUUGGGACGAUUGGAGCGACAAUAUUCCCGUCUGUCAGACCGUGGAAGAUGUAUUCACAUUGUGUGAAACUCUUCUGCCUCUGGUCGGGGUGAAAAUUGGCCAAGACCCUGCUCUACUUCUCAAAUUUGCACGAAUUGGGAAGCACAGCUUGCAAGGCGACAGGAGUGAGCCCAAUCGAUCACGCUGGUUACAGCUGAGCAGACGGAUUCUGCUCCCAUCGUUAAGCUUGACAAAGUCCAAUGCUGGCGUGGUCAAUGAGGUAUUCGAACUGAUCAGCACGUUCCCCGUCAGCGUUCGAUAUUUGAUGUAUUUGGAAUGGUCAUCAGGAAGAACAUCUCGUAACCCAGACAUCAAAACAGCAUUUGACCAAGCAAGAGCCGAGACAAAAGACAUCCUGAAACGCAUUUCCAAUACCAAUGUGCGACCAAUGGCUCGAGCACUGGCGAAAAUUGCCUUUGCCAAUCCUCAUAUUGUCAUCACGACGGCGCUUACCCAGAUCGAGGUGUACGACAGCAUUGCAGAAGUUUUCGUCGAGGGCGCACGCUAUUUCACGGAUCUGGGUUAUGACAUUCUUACCUGGGCGAUUGUUAGCUCGAUGGCAAAAGCUGGAAGAAGUCGGACUCAAGAAGGCGGUAUCUUCACAAGCCGGUGGCUUUCCGCCCUGGCUCAAUUUGCCGGGAAGAUCUACAAGCGAUAUGGCAUGAUGAGGCCUGGCCCAAUCUUGCAAUAUGUCGUGGAGCAACUUGAGCAUGGAAACACGACAGAUCUCAAAAUGCUGGAGCAAAUUGUGGUUUCAAUGGGAGGAAUUGCGACAGACACGAGUUAUAAUGACGCCCAACUCCAAGCUAUGGGAGGCGGACCAUUAUUGCAAUCUCAAACUAUUCUCCAACUCCUCGAUCGGCGGCAUGAUUCGAAGAAGACAUCGGAAAGAUUGAUGAAGUCACUACAAGAUACCGGCUUGGCCGCCAAAUUUUUGAUCGCGAUGGCUCAACAGAGACAAGCAUGUGUGUUUGAAGGGGGCGACGUGCCUCUGAAAGCUAUUGGCAACACCUAUGACGAGGUUCAUCGCGUCAUGGUCCAAUACCUUGACCUUCUACGAACCAAUCUCUCCCCCGAAGAUUUUCGAGCAACUAUUCCCGACGUGGUCAGCCUUCUCGUCGACUAUGAAAUUCGCCCCGAAAUCGCGUUCUGGAUCAGCCGACCUCUUAUUUCCAAACAAAUGCUUGAGUAUGACAAGGAACAUGCUAAAGACCAGCGUGGAGAUGACAAUGGCGAGAACAAAGACAUUAACGGUGAUGUGGAAAUGUCUGAUCAGCUCAACGGUGGCUCAGAAGAGGACGGUGAGGCCGUCGAAACCGAGAACGUCGCGAACGAUUCACCAGCUGAAAGCGAAUCGAUGGGCCCAAGUUUUGAUCUGGAGUCAAGCAGCAAGACCCCUGGCCUGCCUGAAAAUCCAUCUGAUGAUUGUUGGCAUCCUGUGAUGAAAGAAGUGAUGAAUGCGAUUCAACCAUUCUUGCCCAAAGAAGUGGUUGAAACCAUCGGCACCGGCUUCUAUGCGACGUUCUGGCAAUUAUCAUUAUACGACAUCACCAUCCCGGGCAAAUCAUAUGAAGAUGAAUUGUCCCGGCAGCACAAGAAGAUUGCCUCCAUCACGGCGGAUCGCACCGAUGUCAGCGUAUCUGGAACUAAAAAGAAGGAACUGGCCAAGAAAGAGAUUACGGAGCUCGUCGACAAAUUGCUCGCAGAAAAUAAACAACAUCUGAAAGCAUUUGCCGAGAGCAAGGCUCGACUUCAACGCGAAAAGGAUCAAUGGUUUCUCGGAAAGGCUAGAAUGGACAAACAACUCAACACCGCGCUGAUGGAACACUGCUUCCUGCCACGGGUCCUGUCCUCACCGUUGGAUGCCUACUUCUGCUUCAAGUUUGUCAAGUUCCUGCAUGGGGCUGGCACACCAAAUUUCAGAACACUCGGAUUUUACGACUUGCUUUUCAGGCCAUCCCGACUUGUUUCACUAGUUUUCAUGUGCACAUCUAAAGAAGCCGACAAUUUCGGCCGGUUUCUCAAUGAGGUCUUGAAGGAUCUCAGUCGCUGGCACAGCUCAAGGGCGACUUAUGAACGGGAGGCGUGGGGCAGCAAGAAAAGUCUCCCCGGUUUUGCGAUGAAGGUCGAAGGCGGGAAAGUUGUUUCUUUACUGGAUUUCGAGAGCUUCCGAAGGGUCCUCUUCAAGUGGCAUGGUCACUUAUACACCGCCCUCCAGAAAUGUCUUACCUCUCCAGAGUACAUGCACGUCCGAAAUGCGAUUUCCGUUCUACGCUCCAUCUCGACCGUCUACCCCACAGUCAAUUACCACGGAACAGGGCUCCAAAAAGCUGUCGACAAGCUACGCGAAUCCGACAAAGAAGACCUCAAGGUUUCUUCUCAGGCCUUACUUGGUGCCUUGCACCGGAGAGAGAAGAUAUGGAUGGUACCACAAGCCUUUAGGCAAGGACACGACAAGAACGGGGAGCCUGAGCAAAACGCAUCUCAACCCCAGGUUGAUGCCUCAAAGACCAAGGAGGAUUCUGACGCUGCAUUGGGUCUCAAGAACGACGAGGAUGGCGAAGUGAAGGAUGCUGUCAUGACGGAUGCACCGUCAAAACCAGAAGCCAAGCCGAACACCGAAAAGGAGAGGGAGGAUCCAAGCAAAGUUGUGAAGCCUCAACUAGCAUCCGAACCUCCUAGACCAGCGUCUAGAACCAUGUCAAGGCCAGUGACUUCUAAUGGCGCUUCGACACCCUCCCGACACGCCACAGAGACUCCUGCAUCCACGAAACGAGAUGCCCGACCUCUUCGACCAGAGCCUGUCAAGCCACAGAACCUUCCCAGACGGAUUUCCCCCCCUCCGUCACGCCCACUACCACCAAGUCUUCCCAGUCGCCCAGAAGCGCCCGAUGGUCGCAACGGACAUAGGGAUAGUCUACGUCUCUCAACACGACCACCGGUCGACACCUCAAGACCGGGACCUGACAGCCGAUCAAGCCAUGCUCGUGAUAUACGAUCGGGUUAUCGUGGGCCAGAGCCUUCUUUUGAUGACUAUGAUCGACAUUCUCGGCGAUAUGACCGACCCGAAGUUCCACCUCAUGGUAGUCGAGAGGAGCGAGGAUACGGUCGCGAAUCGCAUGACAGACCUGCUCUCUAUGAUCGACCACGGCAGCAAGAUAGAGAACGAGUCCCCAUUCGCCCACCUCAUCCGGCGGAAAGGGAGCGAGAUGGUCGCGAACCACCUCCGAGGACGCGUCCUCCGCCGUCUGCAGAUCCAGCACCAACAGAAGCUCAGCCUUCUCCUCAGAAGGAUAUCCCAUCUCAGCCGCCCACUCCGGCAGUCAACCCAGCACGUGCUGCUCUGAUAGAAAACAGUGGAGAACAACGACCAAGUCCAUCAGGAAGGAGUCAAGGGCAAGAAAAACUCACUCGGUCCUCUCGUCCUCCGUCUCCAAGUCGAGAAGACGACAGGAGGCCGUAUCCACGCCGCGACGCCGACGAUCGAGGCCACCUGGGUCCUCGGUCAGAAGCGCCCUCAUCACGACAAGCCCCUUACAUGUCUUCCACGAUGGAGUCUUCUUUGGGACCUCAAGGUCCUCGCUCUAGUGGUCCCGGAAGCUUCAAGAGAGAAUCCAGACACGGGCCACCAAUUGACAUGCAACAUGGUCGCCUUGAGCAGGAAGGCUCGCAGCGGCCAUCGACCUCACAAAAUUCUGAUCGCGCUCAAGACUCGGAUACUCUCUCGGCACCUCGGAACAGACCCUCGUCAGGAGGUGGACCAAAGAUGAGGGCACCUCUGCUCAAUACACAGGUCUCUUCAACGUCCUACGCUGAACGACCAACGCCAACCGGACCUUCAAGACGUCACGGACGAACCAAUUCGUAUAAUGAAGCAUCAUCUGCACCCAGCAGUACUCCUGCAGAUUCCACUGGUAUUCAUCCAUCUCGCCUUAACCAAAUCGAUCCUGCAGGAACUGAUUCAUCCCGAUCAAAUCCGCCCUCACAACCUCCGCAGCAGAGUCAUCCUCCAGCGGGACCGAGAGGCAAUGCACCUCCCGGUGCUCCGUCUGGACCUUCGCCUACCACUAGAGGUCCUCCUUCUGGCCCGCAUGCGGGGGAUAUGGGGGCGCGUGGCGGACGGAACAAUCGCCAUCCACUCACCGCGGUCAACAAUACGCUAGCUCAAGCGGGCACUUCAAUCCGAGGACGAGGAGGUAUGAGGCAAAAUAGUGGAACCUUUGGCUCGCACAUGGCGCCACCUCCACCUCCACCUCCUUCGGGGGGUCCUCCGUCAAGCCACGGUCCGAUUUCCAAUGGCUACCCACCGACGCAUGAUCUUUUUGCGUCUUCGAAUCCAAACGAGGUCCCUGUGGCGACGAGACCACCUUCAUCACGGCACGAUAAUGGUAGGGAUCGAAGAAAUGAACUCAGUGAAGACCGUGGACCUGAGAGGAGAUCAUCUCGCCAUUCUAGUCGCCAUGACGAUAUCAGAGGGGAUAGAGAUCAACGAAGCGAACGAGACAAUCGGGAUGUGAAAGAUGACAGACACGGAGCCGGAGAUCUUUCAAAACGAGACGAGAGAUCAAGCCGAUGGGAGAAUCACCCGCAUGAAGGGGAAGAGAGGAGAGGAGGAUAUUCAAGGACUGGUCCUUCGGGGGAAGAUCAACAGUCAUCGAGAAAACAUGGCAGAGGAGAUGAGGGUACGCCGUACGGAGGACCGGGACCUGGAAGUGGUAGCGGCGCGAGAGGAGGUUCACGGGCUGCCAGUGAAAGCAAACGAAUCAGACGUGGGCCAUGA